CGAUUGGAUGCAGUGGGCGUACGUGGAUGUCUGCAACACAGCAUGAGCUCACAAAGUACCUAAAUGAUGAUCGCAUGAAUAUAAGGACUUAACGCACAGGGGUGGCCUCAGUCAGCCAGAGCAUCCGCCUCGAGGUGAACAAUGCAACGGAUGACAAAAGCACGACUGGGGCUCUUCUCUUCGGGUCCCUGGUGCUGGAACUGAGCUUUGUCGAUCUCCUGUGGAUCUGUUUUGUAUGAUUUCUCACAGCAAGCCCAGCCUUCAGGAGAUACACGCCAAUUGUCCAUGCUGGAUAUUCUUCCAAAGGCGGAGAGCUGCCGUGGUAAUCUUCUUCUCUUUAACCCAGGACCCUGCAGACCUGAAGGAGGAGGGGAACACCCUUUUCAAGGCAGGAGACGUGCAGGGCGCUGUCUGCUGUUACACCAAAGCGCUAAAGCUGAGUGACAGCCAGGCAGAGAGCGCUGUGCUGUACCGCAACCGCUCCGCCUGCUACCUCAAGCUGGAGGAGUACAGCAAGGCAGAGGCUGAUGCCUCCAAAGCUCUGGAUACUGACCCGGGUGAUGUGAAGGCCAGGUUCCGGAGAGCUCAGGCUUUUCAGAAACUUGGUCGACUUGACCAGGCCUUUCUGGAUGCUCAGAGGUGUGCUCAGCUGGAGCCCAAAAACAAAGCCUUCCAGGAUCUGCUCAGACAGCUAGGGGCACAGAUCCAUCAGAAGUCGGCACAAGUAAACUCCACAGAUGCACGUGUGCAGCAGAUGUUCUCCCUCCUCUUAGAUGCCUCUGCAAAAGACUCUGAUCGACAGAAGGCUGCUCAGAAUCUAGUGGUGUUAUCUCGAGAAGAGGCUGGAGCUGAGCAGAUUUUCCGUAACGAUGGAGUGAAGCUGAUUCAGAAACUACUACUCUCAAAGCAGGAGGAGGUGGUCCUUUCUGCUCUGAGGACUCUGGUUGGUUUGUGCACAGGGCAUCAGUCCAGAACUAUGGCUAUAGUGAAUGAGCUAGGAAUGGAGCAGCUGUGCUCAGUAAUGGGAUCAGGAGCCUCCACUGUGUCUCUGGCUGCCUGCCACCUGCUGCAGGUGAUGUUUGAGGCUUUGACGGAGGGCAUGAAAAGAGAGAUCAGAGGGAAAGAUGAAGCCAUACUUCCUGAACCCUCCAAGGAGCUACGCUCAAUGCUGCGGCAUCUGUUGGGAAUGAUGCCAGCAUCUAAUGUGUCAGGGCCGGGCAGAGACAGCGCCAUCAACCUCCUGGUCAAACAAGUACCCCGCAAGUCUUUGAAAAACCCUGACAACUCCCUCACGUUAUGGGUGAUAGACCAGGGACUGAAGAAAAUCCUGGAGGUGGCUGGGACAGUCCCUGAGCUCUCACAAGGACCACCUCUGACAGACAACUCCCACAUGAGCUGCUCUGUCUUGCUUAGCAAACUCUACGAUGACCUAAAGAGUGACAAAGAGAGGGAGAACUUCAACAAACUAUGUGAAGAAUAUGUUCAGCAACACUUUAGCCGACCGGGCCUAGAUGCCAAGCUGCGAGCCAUCCAGACAGUAUCGGUGCUCCUCCAAGGACCGAGCGACGUGGGUAACAGAACUCUGGAGAUGUCAGGAAUGAUGGACGCAGUGAUCUCUCUGUGUGCCUCCGAAGAUGUAACUCACCAGCAGGUAGCAGUGGAGGCUCUUAUCCAUGCUGCAGGCAAGGCCAAGAGAGCCUCCUUUAUCACAGCCAACGGAGUGACACUACUGAAGGACCUCUACAAGAAGAGCGAGAAUGACAGGAUACGUGUGAGAGCCCUAGUGGGUCUGUGCAAGCUUGGAUCAGCAGGAGGGACUGAUUUCAGCAUGAAGCAGUUUGCAGAGGGAUCCACGCUGAAACUUGCCAAGCAGUGCAGGAAGUGGCUGUGUAAUGAGUCUCUGCCCCAAGCCUCCCGCCGGUGGUCCAUAGAAGGCCUCGCCUACCUCACCUUUGAUGCUGAUGUGAAGGAGGACUUAGUGGAAGAUAAGAGCGCUCUGCUGGCCAUGUUUGAACUAGCAAAGUCUGAGGAUAAGACGGUGCUCUUUGCUGUCGGCUCCACAUUAGUGAAUUGCACCAACAGCUAUGAAGUGGACAAGCCAGAUCCUCAGCUAGUGGAGCUGGCCAAAUAUGCAAAGCAGCAUGUGCCUGAGGAGCACCCCAAGGAUGCACCCUCUUAUGUGGAGAAAAGGCUGGCGAAGCUGCUGGAGGCUGGCGUGGUGUCUGCGUUGGUGUGUAUGGUGAAACAGGAGAGUCCAGCCCUCACUGAGGCUUGUAGAGAGUGUAUCGCCAGGGUGUUCUUGGCUUCGGUGGAGCGACAGGAAGACAGAGGCACAGUGGUGGCACAGGGUGGAGGAAAGGCUCUGAUCCCACUGGCAUCCGACAACACAGAUGUAGGGAAAAUCAAAGCAGCACAAGCCCUGGCAAAAAUAACCAUCACAUCUAACCCAGAGAUUGCCUUUCCAGGAGAAAGGAUCUAUGAGGUGGUGCGCCCACUUGUCAGUCUUUUAAGUCUUGAAUGCACCAUGCUGCAGAACUUCGAGGCAAUCAUGGCUCUGACCAACCUGGCCGGCAUCAAUGAUAGACUCAGACAAAAGAUCAUAAAAGAGAAGGCUUUGCCAAAAAUUGAAGGCUACAUGUUUGAGGAGCACGACCUGGUCCGAGCUUCUGCCACAGAGUGCAUGUGUAAUUUGGUUUUAAGCACAGAGGUGCAGAAGCUGUACUUGGCAACAGGGAACGAUCGGCUGAAGCUGCUCGUGCUCUAUAGCGGAGAGGAGGAUGAGAGGCUGCGGAAAGCUGCUGCAGGAACUCUGGCCAUGCUGACCGCUGAGCAGCCUGAGCUCUGCGCCCGCAUCCCUGGAACAACAACCCACUGGCUAGAGAUCAUACAGGCGCUGCUGCUCAGUGAAAUAUCCGACUUACGUCAUCGUGGAGUGGUCAUUGUUCAGAACAUGAUGCAAGCAGAGAAGAGCCUGGCUGAGACGCUCAUGGAGAGUGAAGCUCUGGAGAUCUUGUCUGUCCUGGCGAAGGGAGGAGAGGACACGCCAGAGCCGGUAUCCAAGAUAGCUCUGAACUGUCUGGACAAGGCCGUGGAUUAUGGCAUCAUCAGAAGCAGAGAAGGGAGGGAAAAGGGCAAAGGAACUGAACCCUGAAAACACAGCUGUUGUGUGUGGAUGUGCCUCCUGGCAAUGUUAAAGUGCUUCGAGUAUAAUGUGGGACCAGUGAAGUCAUUUCACUUUUGCAGGAGAUCAGUUUAUUGGUCUGAAGGGAUAAACGCUGAUCCUAAAAGCCUCGUGUGUCUUAACCAAAAGACAGUUAAAAGCAAUAAGGAAUCUAUUGGGGGAAAAAAAGGUAUAAUUAAAAAACAAGCAGAUUCUCGUAGACGUGUACUGUUCCACAUGAGGUUUGACUGCUGUGUCACGUGACUUUUCCACUGAUUGUAUGCAUCUUCAUUUUCUGUUCAUUCAUGCACAUCCACUAAACGUGUAUAAUCAGCUUGAAGACCAAUAAGGAAGUCCAUUUUAUACAUUCUUUACUAAAGAUUGUAAUUUUUACUUGUAAUUGUUAUUCCACGAAUAUAAUUUUUGCUUCGUUUGACAGUGUUCACACUAUUUUAUUUUUUAUUUUUUAAUUAUGUCUGACCUGAGUCACCUGCAGUAUUUUGUGUGCGUGCGUGUGUCACGACCUCACUACAUUCCCGGUGCUUUAAUUGCGUUAAAUAAAAAAGUC